AUGGAUCCAUUGAAGUAUUUGUUCGAGAAACCAGCACUAACAGGCAGGAUUGCAAAAUGCCAACUACUGCUUUCCGAAUUUGACAUCACCUAUGUCACUCAAAAAGUAAUCAAGGGGCAAGCACUAGCCGAUCACCUAGCAGCACACUCUCUGCUUGAUUACCAACCACUGAAGACUUUCUUCCCUGAUGAGGACAUCCUCCUGAUUGAGGAAGAAGAAGGAAGAAAGGUGGGAGAGUGGACGCUCUUCUUCGAUGGAGCCACAAACUCAAAAGGAAGUGGAGUAGGCAUCAUACUCUACUCUCCCAAUGACAUUCCAAUUCCUAAAUCCAGGCGAUUGGCGUUCCAAUGCACUAACAACAUAGCUGAAUAUGAAGCAUGCAUUGCUGGUUUAAGAGAAACCAUCAUCCUCAACAUUAAGAAGUUGCGAGUCUUCGGCGAUUCACAGCUCAUUAUCAAUCAAACAAAUGGCGACUGGAGGACUAAGGAUGAAAAGUUGAUCCCUUAUCACGUAUAUCUGGAGAAUCUCACUAAGAAAUUUGAAAAGAUUACAUUCUCUUACAUGCCCUGA